AAAGGAGCAGGGAGAAGGAGGGGAGAGGGAGAGAAAGGGAGGCGAGGGAGAGUGAGACCAUGGCUGUCAGAUCCAGUGAGCUAUAGCAUAUGCUUUAGCGUAAGAGCAGAGUGGUGCGGCAAGGGGGGAAAAGGACGGGCAUCGCUGCACAGAGGAGGGGGAGAGCGGGAGAGAGGAGAGAGAGAGGAGGAGGGAGGGGGGAGAGAGGAGGAGAGAGGGGGGAGAGAGGAGGAGAGGCAGAAGGCACAGCUCAGGACAACACCUCUCUCCGUCUUUGGGAGUUGUGAGGAGCACACCAGGAGUGGGCGAGGGAGGACUCGCACCCUGGCACGCCCGUCCGCAGCCUCCGCUCCCACGGUCGACGCCAACCCGGAGCGCGAGCCGCCGGGUCGCCCGGCAGAGGUCAGGAGGAGGCGGGUGCGGGACAGGGGCGGAUGCGCCCGUUCUGGCCGGGAAACCCACAGGAGCGCCGAGGCCCGGGACAGGGGAGAGGAGGGAGGAGGAGGAGGUAGGAGGAGGGAGGAGGAGGAGGUAGGAGGAGGAGGGCCACGGCCCGGGGACCCGGUUCUUCUCGAGGCUGAACCUGUCUUUCGAUGACCAUGGGGGAGUGGACCAUUCUGGAGCGGCUGCUCGAGGCUGCUGUCCAGCAACACUCUACCAUGAUUGGGAGGAUCCUGCUGACAGUAGUAGUGAUCUUCCGUAUUUUGAUAGUGGGUAUAGUGGGGGAAAAAGUGUAUGAGGACGAGCAGAUUAUGUUCAUCUGCAACACCAUGCAGCCCGGCUGCAACCAGGCCUGCUACGACAAGGCCUUCCCCAUCUCACACAUCCGAUACUGGGUCUUCCAGAUCAUCCUAGUGUGCACGCCCAGCCUGUGCUUCAUCACCUACUCCGUGCACCAGUCCGCCAAGCAGCGCGACCGCAGCUACUCCUUCCUGCACCCUUACAUGGACCCCCAAAGCCAGGGCCACCACGGACGCGGCGACCACCACGCCCGCAAGCUCCGCAACAUCAACGGCAUCCUGGUGCAGAACCCCGACAGCGGGAAGGAGGAGCAGGACUGCCUGGACAUCAAGGACAUCCCCAACGUGCCGCGAGGGCUCACGCACGCCAAGAGCGCCAAGGUCCGGCGGCAGGAGGGCAUCUCGCGCUUCUACGUCAUCCAGGUGGUGUUCCGCAACGCGCUGGAGAUUGGCUUCCUGGCGGGGCAGUACUUCCUGUACGGCUUCAACGUGCCGGGGAUGUACGAGUGCGACCGCUACCCCUGCGUGAAGGAGGUGGAGUGCUACGUGUCUCGGCCCACGGAGAAGACGGUUUUCCUGGUGUUCAUGUUCGCCGUCAGCGGCAUCUGUGUGCUGCUCAACCUGGCCGAGCUCAACCACCUGGGCUGGAGGAAGAUCAAGACGGCCAUCCGCGGCGUGCAGGCCCGCAGGAAGUCCAUCUGCGAGGUGCGCAAGAAGGACGUGUCGCACCUGUCUCAGGCCCCCAACCUGGGCAGGACCCAGUCCAGCGAGUCAGCCUAUGUCUGACAGAGGCUCCUCUGCAUGGGAACUGACGGUGGGGAGGGGGGGGGGGGAGGUCUGGACCUGGGACUCCCACCUCCACCCCGAGAGACUGGGUCGACCCUGCAACAUUAAUCAGGAGCCCAGAGAGACAAUGGGUCAUGUUGGUGCAUUGCUGGACAGAGAAGCUCCUCUGACUGAAAAGUACCUUCAUGAGGAGAAAGGGUUGAUAGGUUGUGUUUAUAGACUUCUUACGCCGAUGGGGGAGUUGUGUUCUGAAUCCUAGGUGACACUAGGUGCCUUCCAAGACAACACAAUGGAAAAGGGAAGAUAUAAGUUAAUAUUGAACACUGUAAGGAUAGCUCUAAUUAAGAAUGACCUAAAGUAUCUCAUCCUUUGCCUUUGCUAGAGGUCAAAAGUAAUCCCUUCAUUUUUCCCAUGUAUGCGUGUGCAUAUAUGAGUGCAUUAGCGUGUGCGUGCAUGCGCAUGUGUGUUUGGGGUGAUCAGGUAGCGCUCGCGUGUGUCCCCCUGUUCUGCAAAGUCAGGUCAUGGGUAGAGCUGCACCUCAUUUGAGUUGCCGAGGGACAUUCGUUGCCGUUUAGUUCUUCCUCCCCUGCAGACUUCCUUAGAGGGAGCCGAGUGCACCUUGUUUCAACCCCACUUAGAAACCCCUGAAAAAAAUCAAAGAAAGACAAAAAAAGAUGAAGAUUAUACCUCAGCACAAACUGCAACCCCUAAUCCUAUCCUUCCAGCACUAGCCCCUCUCCUCCCCUUCCUCCGUCAGCCCCCUGACUGACCUGCCUCUCAGCGCUCUGCAUUCUUUAAUAGGACUGAGUAUAAAGCACUAAAGGAAUGGAUGGAAUUCCAAUAAGCUCUUCUUUUUCCAUGACACGGGAAACAGAAUUACCCGCUCACAAGAUUUUCAUGUAUUACCACCGAGUUGUUUUCUUUAUAAUCAAAUUUGGUGCCAUAUUUCCAAGUUACUGUACAUAGUUGAAAUGUAAUAAUUACAUUAAGUCAGCUGUUUCCCCGUGAGAUGUGGGUGAUG